GUCACGUUAUCUAUCAUGUGACAUUAGGGUCAGAAAUGGGAACGACACAGAAGAUUACCACAGAGUUUACUGCUGAUGGAUUUGGAAUUAUUCGAAUGUUAAAUGGACAGAAUCGGUUAAAUAUCGACUUUCUCACUGAAUUAAACUCAGCACUUGAUCGCGUUUUAAGUAACAAAGAUUGCAAAGCUCUUAUAACAACAUCUGAAGGAAAGUUUUACAGCAAUGGGAUUGAUUUGGAUUGGCUGUUUAAACAGCCCGAAAAAAUAGCACAGACAUUUUCCAACCUUUUACACGAUACGCUAUGGAGGAUCAUGCACUUCCCUUUACCAACUGUGGCAGCAUUAAAUGGUCACACGUUUGCUGGAGGAGCCUUCAUUGCAAUUUCACAUGAUUACAGAGUUAUGCGGGCCGACCGUGGAUGGAUUUGUUGGAAUGAAACUCACCUUAAGUUGCCAAUUGGUGAUCCUCUACAUGAAGUUUUGAACACAAAAGUUUGGAAUCUUGAUGCUAUGCGUGAAGCUGUUGUGUUUGGGAGAAGAAUAACAGCACCGGAAGCCAAAACAUUGAGCCUUGUUGAUUCUGUCGUUGAAUUAGACAAGCUACUUCCGGAAGCAAAGAGAUUGGCAAAGCAUGCGCUUGGGAACAAUGACAUUGACAGAAACGCACUAACAAUGAUGAAAUCAAACACAUAUGUCAGAAAGAUUUUUCCGUCUAAAUUAUGAUCAUUUAAGAGAAAUCAAAAUGUUAUGUUCACACCAACAUGGAGAUGGCAUGCGGAGGUGUUUGCUGUGCAAAUCAUAUAUGUUUGAUAAAUAAAAAAACAACCGAUUUGUACGCUGGUUAACACCCUCCGCUGGAUUAUAAAUGAAGAUAUAAUCACCUCUAUAUGAUUUAAUCUAUAGCCAGAAAAGACAAAAUAAUAGUAAUU